AUGCUUAGCAAGAAAACUGUUUUAGUUGGAAGAAUGAGAAGGAACAGUGUUGAACUUCCAAGUACUUUCGCAAAUGGAAAAGAAAGAGAAAUCAACAGCACAAUAUUUGGAUUUCCAGAGGAUUCUAUGAUCCUAUCUUAUUGUUCCAAGAAAAAUUAUGUAUUCACACUUAUGAGUACAAUGCACUCUCAGCCUUCAAUUGAUUCAAAAAAUGCUGAAAAGAAACCUAAAGUUAUUAUAUGUUACAGCAAAACAAAAGGAGGAAUAGAUACCCCAGAUAAGAUGCUUCACUUGCAAAGUUUCAAGGAUAAAAGAAGACAAUGCCUAAUUCAGUUAGGAAAGGAACUUGUUGGAGUUAAUGCUAGACAAGAACAUGACAAACAAUCUUCUAGUUCCGCUAACAUUCUUCAACCAAACAAGAAAAGAAGACGAUCUUCAACCUCUUUUGAGAUUUCACAACCAAAGAAAAAAGGAAGAUGUUUUUUUGGUGGCCCCAAAAAAGACAAGGAAAACUCGUACUACAUGUAA